AUGCGGAGACUCUUGGACGAGGAGUUUAAGAAAUACUUCGGGGGUUUGCGAGAACAGAGUCGCCCGGCCGAGGACCACUUGCCAUCACCACCACCCUCAUCACCAUCGGCUCCGCCGGCUAAUCAGUUAGAGGUUAUACCUCCCCCUCAACCAUCUUCACCUUCCCCUCAAUCACCUUCACCUUCCCCUCAACCACUUUCAUCUCUCCCUCGAACAUCUUCACCUUCCCCGCAAACUCCUUCGCCUCCUUCUCGAUCUCCGUCACCCGCGUUUUCGGACGCACUGACGGAGAGAAUCUUUCCAGAUACUCCUCCAUUAUCACCCGAUUCGUCGGUCGAUCCUAUCUCAAUUUUCCUCAGAGGAAUUCCGUCCCCGACGACGUCUCCACGAACAGCGUGGAGUUCGUAG